AUGCACAGUCUCAAUCUUACUAGCAUAACAUGUGUCUUCGACCAAGCAAUUUCUUGCAAGGCCCUCAAGAGCAAGUCAAAGAAUGUUUAUAUCUCAAAAGGUUGAGUUUGAUUGUCCGGGUGAACGUAGUCCUGAAUAGGACUGUUGUUGUUGACAGUGACUGACGUUUCGACAACCUGUGCGUAGUCAUCUUUAGACUCACUUGUCUCUCGCCUACGACCAAACCACAGGGAGAACACCGGUUCUCGUCUGCUCCGUGGCCGUUUUCGCUUUUUGGGAACAUAGACCUCUUAUCAAGUCCUGACUCAUAGUAAUCAUCGCCUAAUGCCACCGUGCGUUUCUCCACUCAGUUUUAAACGAGAACACCGAUCUGUGAGGCGCAUUUUUAGUGCCCACGUUUUGGCAAUCAUGGCUGACCGGAAAGGCCGGUCUGUGAUUUUUGGAACCCCAGUUACAGCUUCCCUAAAAGAAAUCAAAGACGCAAUAACUGCUGAAAUUGGUGCCGACAAGAUCACCGUCCUACAACAGCUAUCCAAUGGAGAAUACCUUGUGAAAUUAACUGAAAACAAACUCGCAAAAGAGCUUAUUGAGAGUGGAAUCGCCAUUAACGAACUGCAUGCCUUAUGUAACACCCCCUCUCCCCCGAGGAUACUACAUGAACAUUAGCAUUAUGGACCUUCGCACUUAUGUAGAGAACGAAGAAUUAAUCAAAGCCCUCCAACCCUACGGAAAGAUAAAAGGAGACGUCGUUCGCCUAAAAUACAAAGCGGACCACGACCUCGCCGGCCUCGAGAAUGGCAAUCGACUUGUGCAAAUGAUCUUAAGCAAGCCGUCCAUCCCCUACUCCCUGAAAAUUGGUGACGAAUGGUGUCGCAUCAUUCACAAUAAUCAACAGCCUAUAUGCCGCGAGUGUAGUGAACUGGGUCAUUCACGAAGAAAAUGUCCACAAAUCCUCUGCCGCUUAUGUCAGGAACACGGCCACGUCUCAAGAUUGCCCUAAACGAUUUACCUUCCCCCCCUCCCCCCGUUCCGAGCUAGAAACUACUCCUGACGACACACCCACAACCUCUACCGAAACGGAAGAAGAUUCAAUGAGUAGUGAGCUUGAUCACUCACGACGAAACUGUCCAAAAAUCCUCUGAAGAUUAUGUCAGAAAAACGGCCACGUCUCAAGAUAGCCCUAAGCGAUUUACAAACCCCCCCUCCAACCGUACCGAGCUAGAAGCUACUCCUGACGACACACCCACACCCUCUACCGAAACGGAAGAAGAUUCAAACCCCGUAACCCUACAACCUGCACCGGACCAACAUUUAUCUACUGAAACUACGCUGCCGACUAACAACGCCAUUAUUUCUACUGAGACCUAGGAUACCGCUUCAAGCACCGAUCUUCCUCCCCCAACCCCCUCCGGACCUGAAUGCACCCCUAUGGACGAGUCUAAAACCCUCAAAAGGCCACGUGUCUGACUCAGACUCCGACACAGCUAAGCAAAAACAACCACUGCAACGAGCUCGACUUCAUCCGAAGCCUAAUACUUCUAACCCGCCUAACAAAGAAAAUGCGACUUCAACUAAGACUUCAUAAACAGUUUAUACUCUACGGACGCCUUCCCCGGAUCUCACCAUGAUUUAUUUACGCUUUCUUCCCUUACUGCCAAUCAUGUGCAGCCUCGUCAGUCUUCAUACCCAGGGCCUCAGGUCUCCUGACCGCCGAAAAUCUGCCUUUCAUUUUCUCAGAAUCCACAAGUACGAUAUUAUUUUCCUCCAAGAGACACACUGGACUACUGAUUUACAGGAUGCUAUUCAACGCGACUGGACAGGAGACAUUUAUUUUAACAAUGGAAGUGCCAACUCAUGCGGUGUCGCAAUUCUCUUUAAUCCACGUUUCAAUUGCACACAUAUUAAUACUUUUCAGGAUUCUUCUGGCCGCGUUCUUGCCAUUACAAUUAAAAUUGAUGAUCAUUAUCUACACCUAGUUAAUCUCUAUGCUCCAAACUCUGACACUGACCACCGGCAAUUUUUUUCUUCUUUGGAACCUUUUUUCUCAUCCCGCUAACACAACGUUAUCGGUGGAGACUUUAAUUCCAUCGUUAACCCCACGCUGGAUAAACAAGGAGGAAAUGCUACAUCCAGACAAUACGCUCUCCGUGUUCUACACAAUCUCACUUCUUGAUUUGAUUUAGUUGACAUCUGGCGACAACACAAUCCAAAUAAACAUGGAUUCACUCAGACCGGUCGUGACCCAGGACAAAAUAAUUCCUUUUCUAUACAUCACAACCUAUCACCCCUUAUAUCUCCGACACUUCAAUUAUCGCUUAUCCACACUCGGACCACGAUGUCAUCACUCUAAUUCUUGACCUCGACCGCCAACCUCGAGGCCCCGGCCACUGGCAUUUUAACAAUACUCUACUCAACGACGGUAUUUUCGGAAUUGAAAUUCAACAAUUCUGGACUCAAUGGACUCUAUGAGGCAUUGAUGAGAGUAGCCUGGAGAGGAUUUCAACCUGGGGUAGAUGAGCGUUAUCCUCUAGACAUGGAUCACAUUAAGGAAGCUCUGAACGAAGUUACCAACCUAAGGAAUGAUUUAACUUAG